CGGGGACUCACAGGACAACGCACAGCCAAAAGCAGAUUUCAAAGAUUUGCGUAGCUCGAGCUCGGGUCCUCGUGCGGCUACUUCAAUUCCCCUCGGUCUCGCUCGCUUUUCGACCACUCCGUUUGCUUUAUCAGUUGAAAACUUGAUGGAAAGCAUGCAUAGCUUUUGGCAGUUGGGUGAUGAGCUACGUGGACAAUCAAGAGUCUCGGAAGAUCACAAGUGGCUAAUGGUUGCUUCCAAGUUGGCUGAGCAGACAAUGUGUAAGAGUGAACGCAUGAAUAACACUGACAUUUUGAAGGGUCCAGCAGAAAUUAGGCCGAGGGAUAAGAUCGGUUACCAGGAAGACAACAAAUUUGAGAGCUUCAACUUUAACGUGUUGAACUUGGAGUUAAAGAUGGCAGAAAAUGUGGGCAAAAGUUGCUUCAGGAAUGGUAUUUAUGAGACAAAUGCAGCGUGCCAGAAAAACAAUCUGAAUAGUAUUGGAAGCAUGGCUUCAAACAAGUAUAGCAGUAAUCACUUUAACAAGGAUGCUUCUGCCUCUGCUGCCAACGGUGAAAGUUGCAAUGCGGUAGACAAAAGGUUCAAGACUCUUCCUGCAUCAGAAACUCUCCCUAGAAAUGAAGUGCUUGGAGGAUACAUAUUCGUGUGUAACAAUGACACUAUGCAGGAGGACCUGAAGCGUCAGCUAUUUGGUUUACCACCAAGAUACAGAGAUUCUGUCCGGGCAAUAACGCCAGGCUUACCUCUGUUUCUCUAUAAUUAUACUACUCAUCAGUUGCAUGGUAUUUUCGAGGCAUCAAGCUUUGGAGGUUCUAAUAUUGACCCUACUGCGUGGGAGGAUAAGAAAUGUAAAGGUGAAUCAAGGUUUCCUGCUCAGGUGAGGAUUCGCAUUAGGAAACUCUGCAAAGCGUUGGAGGAAGAUUCAUUUAGGCCAGUCUUGCAUCACUAUGAUGGUCCCAAGUUUCGUCUCGAGCUCUCAGUUCCAGAGACCCUCAGCUUGCUAGACCUGUGCGAACAAGCAGGAUCUGCAUCGUGAGCAUGGUAAAGAAAA